CCAUUCAUUCAUUAGGCAACCAUGCGAUAUCAAUUCAAAAUUUAUCAGUUUCCAAUUGUUCGGUUAAAUUCUUCUAAAAUGGCCGCUAGUCUUUUCAAAUUACUGCAAUUGGGCGAGCUCCUUCUGCCCAAAGGAUGGAGCACCCAUCAAUCAAAGGUUUUUGCAAGGGGACUGGCUAAGAUGAAGGACCAAAGUCAAGGCAACGAAAAGGGCAAAAAACCCAGUACCAAAGAUCAGUUCUUUGGCGGCUGUUUUAAGAAGUCGGAGCAAUAUAGAAGGGAAAACAAGAAGGAGAAGAGCAAACGUUGUCGGGAUCCCUGCAAAGAUGGACCUUGCCGCCCUGAAAAAUAGAUGACUUUCCCCUUCUUUUUUUCCAUAGCUUUGCUAAAGUAACUACUUCUUAAAAAAUGUUAAAAUGAUAUAAGCCAAUUAGAAAAUAUCCUAAUCUA